AUGUUCGAGGAAGAUUUCAAUAUGGAAAAGGAUGACUUGAUCCAACUUUGGAUGGCUUUGGGGUUGCUCGAGUCUCCCUCUCACGAAGGAAAUCGAGAAGAAAUGGAGUGCAUAGGAGGCAGUGCAUAUUUUAACACUUUACUGGGGAACUCUCUUUUUCAAGAUGUUACAAGAGAUAAAUAUGGCACCAUUACCCAUUGCAAGAUGCAUGAUCUUGUGCACGAUCUUGCUAAACAUGUGUCGAAAUCAAUGGACUUGACACGGUAUUGCAACAAGAUUCAGCAUGUCCAGCAUAAUCAAUCUUCAUUGCCACAGAGACUUCCAAAUGAAGCCCUUGUUCAGAUCCUGCCUGAAUUUAAAACUCUGCGUGUUUUGAAAUUAUAUGAGGCAAACAUUUCAGAGUUGCCUGAUUCAAUUGGAAAGUUGAAAUACUUGAGAUAUCUGGAUGUUUCCAGAACAGAAAUCAAAGCACUCCCCAAAUCCAUUGGUAAGCUUUAUAACCUGCAGACGUUGAGAAUGCACCGUCUCUUCAAUCUUGAAAGGCUCCCAACGGAACUGCAAAAGUUGAUCAACUUGAGACAUAUUUAUUUUGAUCGAACGAUACAAUUUCCAGUUGGGCUGGGGAAAUUGACUAAUCUUCGAACAUUAACUCGCUUUCCAGUGGGUAAGGAAAUAGGUCGUGGAAUAGAGGAGCUGGCUGGCCUAAGCAAAUUGACAGGUGAAUUGACUAUUUCUUAUUUGGAACAUGUGAAAGACGGAGAAGAAGCAAAGAAAGCAAAUUUGGUGGGGAAGACAAAUAUACGCAAAUUAAGGUUUCAAUGGUCACAACAAGAAGACCAGUCAAGUAGCGACAGUGAUGAGGAUGUACUGGAAGACCAGUCAAGUAGUGACAGUGAUGAGGAUGUACUGGAAGACCAGUCAAGUAGCAACAGGGAUGAGGAUGUACUGGAAGGCCUUCAGCCACAUUCUAAUUUGCAAUUCUUAGAGAUCCACAAAUUCAAGGGUGAGAGAUUUCCAUCAUGGAUAAUGAGCAGGUCGUUUCCAUUAAACAAUUUAAAAGAGAUUGAAUUCGCCAACUGCAACACUUGUGAAAGACUACCAAUGCUUGGCCAUCUUCCUCACCUUGUACAUCUGAGGAUAGAUACGAUGCGGAACCUAAAAUUUGUUGGAUCUGAGUUUUAUGGUUAUGAUAAUGUGGCUAUGAAUGGGGAGACAACAAAGACAUUAUUUCCUGCAUUGAAAACUUUAAGUAUUGUGAAGGCCAACAAACUAAUAGAAUGGAUGGAAGCACCAGUGUUGCCGAAGGUCAGGGUGUUCCCUUGCCUUGAGGAGUUGACUCUGAGAGAUUGUAGGCAAUUACAAAGUGCUCCGAAUCAUUUUCCAUCUCUCCAGAAGCUGGAAAUAGAAUCUGUGGAUAGUGGCAUUCCCAUAGCAAGUAUUCUAAGCACUCAUCUAACCACUCUCACGUAUCUUUAUAUAAGGGAUGUCAAGGGACUUGAUCAUUUGCCGGAAAAGAUGUUAGAAAAUAACAAGAAUCUUGCAUCUUUGGAGAUACUUCACUGUUACGAGCUAACUAAUCUUGCUCCUCAUGAGUUCAAGCACCGUUGCUCAUCUCUUCAGUCGCUGUAUAUUUGUCGGUGUGAUACUCUGAAGUAUUUACCAGAUGGGCUACUCACGCACUCUCUCAAACAGUUGCGUUUGGUGGGUUGCGACAGUUUAGAGUCCAUCCCAGAUAUUACAGAAGAGGCUUUGCCAGAAUGGUUGGGAAACCUUACAACUCUGGAGUACCUCGACAUCGGGGGUUGCGUUAAUAUGAUGUAUCUACCUUCUGUCAAAGCCAUGCAACGCCUCACCAAAUUAAAAAGUAUAUUCAUCUCAGAAUGUCCCCUUCUAAAAGAAAGAUGCAACGAGGAGAGCGGCCCCGAAUGGCCUAAGAUCAGUCAUAUUCCACAAAUCACAGCUUGGUCUUAA